UAUCUCUCUUCAACAUCUGAGGGACUGCAUACGCCUUGCUCUGGUCCAGACGAGGCGCACGAACCAGCAUCUUUGCGAUCCCCUGAGGUGCAACUCGCCACAACCACAGUUAUGUCUGAACGUAUGACCCGAAGCAGGACGGGUAAAACCCCAAGCAAGCCCUCCAAUCCUGGCUUCGUCGAGACCCCCGGUCGCCGCAAAUACUCGCGCAAAAGCGUCAUUCCGGAUGACGACGCGCUGGAGUCGACACCUGUGCCAGAACCAACGAGGGGUGCCAUUGCCUUCGACCUGAAGCAAGAGAACGGACCCGCCAAGGCCAACGGACACUCCAAUGGCUUGACCAAUGGUCACACGAACGGGGAUGCAAAUGGCAGCGCCAAAACACGCGACAGGAAAAUUUCCGUCUCCAAGCAUGAGAAUUGGGGUCCCCGGGAUAUCUCUGGCGAGAGGGAGUUCGGUGGCUCAUUUGGUAUGAGCGCCAUGAUGAUCGGCUUCCCCGCGCUCAUGUACUACAUGUGGAUCGGUUCGUAUUUCUAUGACGGCAAAUUCCCAACACCCACCGAUGGCCAAACGUACGGAGAGUUCUUUCAGCACAUGUGGAACUUGGUCAAGACGGAAGCAUAUCCCAAUGCACGCGCUUGGAAAAUCUACUGGGUCUUUGGUCUCACCCAGAUGGCAUUCUACAUGCUCCUCCCUGGUGUCUACCGCAAAGGCAAGCCUCUCCCUAACCUGGGUAUGAAGCAGCUGGACUAUUACUGCUCAGCCAUGUGGUCCUUCUACACCAGCAUCGUCAUUGGGGUUGUUCUCCACGUUACCGGUAUCUUUAAACUCUAUACCUUUGUCGAGCAGUUUGGACAUAUUAUGAGCGUUGCCAUCAUCUCAGGCUUCCUCUGCUCCGCAAUCGCAUACGUCUCCGCGAUUGUGCGCGGGAAGGCUAUUAGAAUGACGGGCUGGCCAAUCUACGACUUUUUCUUGGGCGCUGAACUCAACCCGAGGUUGUUUGGCAUUCUGGAUUUCAAGAUGUUCCUCGAGGUUCGCAUUCCCUGGUUCAUCAUGUUUUUCCUUACCCUGGGUACGUGCUUCAAGCAAUACGAAGAGUAUGGCUACGUCUCCAUCGAAGCACUCUUCGUCCUUUUUGCUCACUGGAGCUACGCCAAUGCAUGCGCUAAGGGUGAACACCUCAUCAUCACUACCUGGGACAUGUAUUACGAGAAGCUCGGCUUCAUGCUCAUCUUCUGGAACAUGGCAGGUGUACCGCUCUCCUACUGCCACUGCACCCUCUACAUUGCCAACCACCACCCUUCCGAGUACCAGUGGCCUGUGUGGGUUCCUAUACUCCUCACCGUUGGCUACAUGAUUUCCUACUACAUUUGGGACACCACCAACUCCCAAAAGAACCAAUUCCGUCUGGAAGAGCGUGGUGAUCCUGUGGCAGAGCGCACUACCUUCCCUUACUUCCGCUACGGUCGCAUUGCCAACCCUCGCACCAUCCAGACAAAGCAAGGCAACAAGAUUCUCGCGGAUGGCUGGUACGGCAAGGCUCGCAAAAUCCACUACACCUGCGAUGUGUACUUUGCUGUUACAUGGGGUUUGAUCACUGGCUUCAAGAGUCCGUUCCCAUGGUUCUACUCGGUAUUCUUUGUGGGCAUGAUCAUCCACAGGGCUAAGAGAGAUAUCGAAAAGUGCAGGAAGAACUACGGCGAGGCGUGGACAGAGUAUGAGAAGUUGGUACCUUACCUCUUUAUUCCGGUUAGUCGAUCCCCUUAUGAACCAUGCACAUGGUUUUCAUUUCCUUGA